AUGGCGAUCUUCAAGAUUCUUGUGUUGUUAUUAAGCUUGUCCUGUUUCUGUCAUGCACAACUCUCUCCUACGUUCUACGACCAAAGUUGUCCAAACGCUCUCUCAACCAUCCGAUCCUCAAUCCGAACUGCCAUCAGCCGCGAACGUAGAAUGGCUGCUUCUCUCAUCCGUCUCCAAUUCCACGACUGUUUCGUUAACGGUUGUGAUGCAUCGGUCAUGCUUGUGGCAACUCCUACCAUGGAGAGUGAGAGAGAUGCAGUGGCAAACUUUCAAUCAGCAAGAGGAUUCGAAGUUAUCGAUCAAGCUAAAUCCGCCGUGGAAAGAGUCUGUCCCGGUGUAGUUUCUUGUGCUGAUAUCAUUGCCGUUGCCGCUAGAGACGCUUCCGAAUACGUCGGAGGUCCAAGAUACGCAGUAAAGGUUGGUCGGAGAGAUUCCACCGCCGCUUUUAAAGCUAUUGCAGACAGCGAUCUCCCCAGCUUUAGGGCUAGCCUCAGCGAACUCUCUGAUCUCUUCCUUCGAAAAAAUCUCAACACUAGAGACCUUGUCGCUCUCUCAGGAGCUCACACCUUAGGGCAAGCUCAAUGCGUAACGUUCAAGGAAAGACUUUACGACAACUCGAGUGACAUUGACGCCGGAUUCUCCAGCACACGUAAGCGUCGUUGUCCGGUCAACGGUGGAGAUACGACUCUAGCACCUCUAGAUCAAGUGACACCAAAUUCGUUCGACAAUAAUUACUACAGAAACUUGAUGCAGAAGAAAGGACUUUUGCCAACCGAUCAAGUUUUGUUUGGAACCGGAGCUUCUACAGACGAUAUUGUGUCAGAAUACAGUAGAAACCCAUCUCGGUUCGCGUCUGAUUAUGCAGCUGCAAUGAUUAAGAUGGGAGAUAUUCAGGCACUCACCGGCACAGCCGGACAAAUCCGGAGGAUCUGCACUGCUGUUAAUUAA